AUCGGCUGCUGUUUCCUUUCCAGUUUGUAACGUUGUGUCGCUUGCACCGUGAAACACGUGGUUACGAACGCAAUUAUCGAAUUUAAGGCGAAAUAUUCGGCGAGUCACAAUGCCACUUGCAAGGGACUUUUUGCACCCCAGUCCGAUCGAGGAGAAGAGGAAGCACAAGCUGAAGAGGCUCGUGCAAAAGCCAAAUAGUUACUUUAUGGAUGUCAAGUGCCCCGGGUGCUAUGCCAUAAAAACCAUCUUUUCACACGCGCAGAGGCCAGUGGAAUGUGAUGGAUGCAGAACGAUACUGUGUACACCAACAGGCGGUAAAGCAAGGCUAACGGAAGGCUGCUCCUUUAGAAGAAAGGUGCAAUGUUAAUUUCGCUCGUUGUACACCUCACUUUAUAUAAAUAAAACUAUUAUGUCGUACAUUUUACAGUA